AUGGCGCAUCAUCAGGGAAGACGCGCUGUUGUCAGUUCUCUAUGAGCAUUUAAAAUAAUCCAACAGCGAGGUGUAGACUACCUGCACACAAACAUUCAUUAUUAGCUGUAAUCCACGCUAAAAGGAUUCAGUUUUUAGAUUUUUAUUCAGAGGCAUUUGGGUGAAAUUACGCACGGUUUGCAAUGAUGGAGCUAGUUAAAUUGGUUGUAAUAGUUGUGCUGAUUCUGACAAAUGUUUUCUGUCAAGAACUGGAUGUUGAAAACUGGAGAGAAGGCAUCAAAGAGAACAAAUGGCCAAACUCUGAAAAAAUUCAAAAUAUAUUAGCGAGAAUGACCAGAAAACCAGGACCACGUCAAUAUCUCGGGCUCAUGGGGAAGAAAGACUCCGCAAAAACGCAGACAGCACGUAAACGGUAUAAAUUUCAAAGCUUUGUGGGUCUGAUGGGUAAAAGGAGCUGUGAGGAUCAAGGAGCCCUGUGAGCUGCACAGAAGACUGGGAUCUGCAUUGGUUUCCUUACUUUGUUUAAUUUCAGACUGAUUACAAAAAGAUAGAUUUUGUCAUUGUUUCACAAAAAUAGUCACAUCUAACAGUCGAGUUUGACACUGUUGCCAAUACUGUGAGCCUUUGGUCAAACAGCGCCAUCUAGUGUUGAAAGAAUAAGGCUGCGACACUGGAUAUUUUAAUUGCAAUCACUGAAAUUUAACAGUAAUAUAUAAAAACAGUGUCAUGUAAAAUAAAUGUAUCAUCAGCUCACAAAAACUCCCCACUCCAGUUUUCAUAAUAAACCCACCUCACUCCUCAAUAUCAUCACAGGUUUAUUAAGUGACUUUGUACAAUACAAAUGAAAAAUAAAAUUAAAAAUACAGAGAUGGAGUACAUAGCCAAAGCAAAUUGCGGUGUUGACUUUUCAUUUCCCACUGAUCGUUUCCGCAGAGUGAUUGAAAUAUUGUUUUUGUUUUGUUUUUUUAAGCGUCCAGGAUCACUGUUAUAUGUGAAAGUGUUUCUUUUCGACAGUGGACGCUGCUCUCAAGUCUCUGAGGAUUUUCUAAACAUACAAAAGAAGUUAUGACUUCAGCUGGCUCGGUAUAUAUAAAAAUAAACUAAAGUGAAAUAUAACACUUAUGACAUUAUAAAUGGUGGUCCAAGGCUAAUGGCAAUAGCUAAACGCAGA